AUGGCGAGAUCUGCUCUUGCUCUUCUGUCGUUGCUGGCUGCUGUCAAGGCCCAGCAGGUUGGGACUCAGCAGAGUGAGACUCACCCGAAGAUCACCUGGUCCAAAUGCUCAGGCUCGGGCGGCAGCUGCACUUCACAGAACGCUGAAGUCGUCAUCGAUUCCAACUGGCGUUGGCUCCAUUCCACGAAGGGAACCGACAAUUGCUAUGAUGGCAACAAGUGGACAUCUGUCUGCAGCAAGGCCGAUGAAUGUGCACAGAACUGUGCCCUCGAGGGUGCCAACUACGGCACCACUUAUGGUGCAUCGACGAGCGGCAAUGCCCUGACCCUCAAGUUUGUCACCAAGCACGAGUACGGCACCAACAUCGGAUCGCGGUUCUACCUGAUGGCCGGCACGAGCUCCUCCAAGUACCAGAUGUUCACGCUGAUGAACAACGAGUUCGCCUUCGACGUCGAUCUGUCCACUGUGGAGUGUGGUCUCAACGCUGCGCUGUACUUCGUGGCAAUGGACGAGGAUGGUGGCAUGUCCAAGCAGACCAACAACAAGGCUGGCGCCAAGUAUGGUGUCGGAUACUGCGAUGCUCAAUGUGCUCGCGACUUGAAGUUCGUCGGUGGCAAGGCCAACGUCGAGGGAUGGGCUGCUUCGACCAAUGAUGCUAACGCUGGUGUUGGGCCUAUGGGAGGCUGCUGUGCUGAGAUCGAUGUUUGGGAGAGCAACUCUCACUCGUUCGCACUCACACCUCACGCGUGCACUGACAACGCAUACCAUGUCUGCGAAAAGAACAACUGCGGCGGCACAUACUCUGAGGACCGCUUUGCUGGCAAAUGCGACGCCAACGGCUGUGACUACAACCCCUACCGCAUGGGCAACAAGGACUUCUAUGGCAAGGGAAAGACGCUCGACACCAGCAAGAAAUUCACUGUUGUGACCCGCUUCGAGCAGAACAAGCUCUCUCAGUUCUUCGUGCAGGGUGGCAAGACAAUCCAGAUCCCGGCUCCAACGGACAGCAGCAUCUCGUCCAGCAGCAACAUCACCCCUGAGUUCUGCACGAACCAGUUCAAGGCUUUCGGCGACCGCGACCGUUUCGCCGAGGUCGGCGGGUUCUCUCAACUCAACUCCGCUCUCCAGAAGCCCAUGGUCCUCGUCAUGUCCAUCUGGGACGAUCACUACGCCAACAUGCUCUGGCUGGACUCCAGCUACCCACCUGAGAAGGCCGGCCAGCCCGGUGGCGACCGUGGCGACUGCCCUCAGACCUCUGGUGUCCCAUCCGAAGUCGAGUCCCAAUAUGGCAGCGCUCAGGUCGUCUGGUCCAACAUCCGUUUUGGCCCAGUCGGAUCAACCGUCAAGGUCUAA